UCUAACAGCAUGCAGCUUGGCUCAUGCGUUCCGCUCCUCAUUGUCAGAAAAGUUGAUUCAUCAUCCUAUUAUUAGCUCAGGAGUUCGCGCGCUGCUUAUUGGGAAGAUUUGUACUCGUGCGCAGACUGCGGGAUCUGAUAGGCUGCUGCAGACAGAGCGCCCACAAUGAGGCCGACAAAAAGGUCACAGCGAGAUCUGCAGGAACUGGAAGAUCUGAUUCCCAAACAGGCGCGGAUUGAUGAAACCGGCUGGACGGGAGUGAACGAACGCACCUUCAUCGCCGUGAAGCCGGACGGUGUGCAGCGGAAACUGGUGGGAGAAAUAGUGCGUCGUUUUGAGAAGAGAGGCUUCAAACUUGUUGCUCUUAAGCUUAUAAAGGCGUCUGAGGAGCUGCUAAGCGAACACUACUGGGAGCUGAGGAGCAAGCCUUUCUACAGCACCCUAAUAAGCUACAUGAGUUCUGGACCAGUUGUUGCAAUGGUGUGGCAGGGUUUAGAUGUUGUGAAGACCGCUCGCAAGAUGCUAGGCGAGACCAAUCCUGCAGACUCACUGCCGGGAACCAUCCGGGGAGAUUUCUGUGUGGAAGUGGGCAGGAAUGUGAUCCAUGGCAGCGACUCGGUGGAGAGCGCCCAGAAGGAAAUCGGUCUCUGGUUCCGUCAGGGCGAGCUCCACCGCUGGGAGAGCAGCGCCAACAACUGGAUCUACUGAUGUUUACAGACCUUCUGCAGCUUUAAAACAUCAAACCUCAGUUAACUUCAUCUUUCUAGCUUCGGUAGUUUGUAGCAAAGAAAGGUCAUCUCUGCUUUCCUGCAUCUUUUCCUUGGUUUACAUUUUUGAUGGGGUAAACUUAAAGGGGCAGUAUUAUGUUAAAUGGACUUUUUUGAGCUUUGUAUCGUGUUAUGAUGUUAUAAAAACAUACCUGGAGUGUUGCUUUGAUCCUUUCAUACAUGCUUGAGGAAUCUUUUACUCAAGCUGUGAUGGGCCAGCGUUGAUGACAAAGCUGUUCCUCGGAGCUGCAAUUUCCAACCUUCAGAGCAUUACAGAGCUUCUUGCUUAGCUCCUUCAGACUAGCCAGCUGCAAUUAGCAAACACCUGGUGGAACUGCACAUCUGCUGAGCUCAUUAUACCAGCUGCUGCUCUGUGCAAUGCUGGUAAAGACGUUAAGCGUGGAGCAUGGUUGUGACUUCUUGAAAUGCAGAGUAUCUUAAAGAGACAGAGGCCUAAUUUCAAAGCAUUAAAUUACAAAGUCAAAUUUACAACUGAAGGUAACAUAGUUACUUGAUUUGCUAAAAAAAAAUGGCACUAGGUGCCUGGAAAAUACAUAACACUGCCCCUUUAACAAAUCAAAGGUGCAUUAAAUAGAUUGAAAUAGUUAGGGCAAGUAAUGUUUUUAAGCUAUAAGGAUAACUUGUUGCAAUAAGAAACUGGAAUUAUGAAGACAAUGGAUUUGAAACUGACUCAUUACACCAUUUAAAAAAAGAAAAUUGAUAUUUAUUAAAACAUAAAAAUAGCCUUUUUUCAGUUGUAUCGAGUUUUCCAUGUCCUCAGUGGGUGUAAAGAUGAUCAUGUGGAAGUACUUGAAUAUAAAGUUUCCAGCUUUUGAACAGCAUUGAACUCUUAUUGUUACUGCUUUUGUAUUUUUAUACCAGGCUCAGUUUGCAGCCUGUCAUAACACUGCAAUAAAAAUGGAGCAAGUUCAUUUAUUAAACUUGAAUAAAAAAAACCAAAGAAACAAGUUGAAUCUUUCAGAGACAUUUUUUGCUCUGUACUUGUUGCAUCCUCCUUUGAUGCAAACAAAAAGAAACCCAGCACACACUCAAGGCGAUUGCUUUCGGCACACAAAUAUGUUUUAAUAUUUAAUCCACAGAUAGAGAUCAAUGCACGAGUUUCCAUACUGAACAAAGAGGAUGGGCUUCAGUGCAUCUGGACAUUUACAGUUAUCCCUGUACAUAAAAUAACAGCAUGCCACUGUUUACCUGCUUCACACCAAAGCAUCUGAUCCACAGCCAAUCAAAGAGGGAAAUCUUUUAGGAACCGAAAUAUUAAACUACCAGUCUGAUUGGAUGUGGAAACGGUCUGACCUUUCACCUGUCUCAGACUGCUGCGGCUGCACCACAUUAUUUCCAGGAUUUUUCUCACUGAACACGUCUGUGCCUUGAAAAAUUACUAACCAGUCCACAUUUUGUCACGUUACAUCCAUAAACUUUAACGCAAUUGAAAUGAGAGGCAUGUAUUUGUAUUUAGCACCUUUUACUCUGAUAAUCCGUGAUAUAAAUCCUGAUA